AAAUAAAAAACAAAAAAAGUUGUCAUAGCAACAUUUUUACAACAUGCAAUCGAUAAAACCGAAUGAUUUGCCACAAAAUCCAUAUGAACGUGUAAAUAUAUUUUCCCGAUUAGGUUUUUGGUACACAUUACCAAUAUUUUUCAAGGGGAGAAAGAAAACAUUAGACACAAAGGAUUUAUAUCGGGCCCUAAAUGAACACAAAUCAGAAACACUUGGCAAUGACAUGUGCAAGUCAUGGGAGAAGGAGUUAGAGAAGACAGCUAAUUCUAAAAAACAACCAAGUCUAUUGCGCGCCUCUAUGCGUGUAUUUGGUUGGAGAUUUGCUUUAUUGGGUCUGGUACUAUUUCUGCUCGAGUUAGGUUUAAGAACUUUACAGCCAUUGUUUCUACUCGGAUUGAUAGCUUAUUAUUCAAAGGAUGAAUCUAAUAUAGAAACAGCUUAUCUUUAUGCGGCUGGCGUUAUAUUAUGCUCGGCAUUGAAUGUGAUUAUAAUGCAUCCUUAUAUGCUGGGCACCAUGCAUACGGGCAUGAAGAUACGGGUGGCCAUGUGUAGUAUGAUUUAUCGUAAGGCUUUACGUUUAAGUAAAACCGCCUUGGGUAAUACCACUGCUGGUCAAGUGGUCAAUUUAAUAUCGAAUGAUGUGGGACGCUUAGAUUUGGCCAUGAUAUUUAUACAUUAUCUAUGGGUGGGACCUGUGGAGACAAUGUUUAUAACCUACUUAAUGUACAGGGAGAUUGGCAUCUCGGCUACCUUUGGUGUAGCAUUUAUGCUGUUGUUUAUACCACUUCAAGGUUGGCUGGGCAAGAAGACGUCAGUGCUACGUUUGCGCACAGCUUUGCGCACCGAUGAGCGUGUGCGCAUGAUGAACGAAAUUAUAUCGGGCAUACAGGUUAUAAAAAUGUAUGCUUGGGAAAUACCUUUUGGUAAAAUUGUGGCACAUGCCCGUAAAAAGGAAAUCAAUACCAUUAGACAAGUAUCCUAUAUACGUGGUAUACUGCUGUCUUUCAUAAUGUUCCUAACACGUGUGUCAAUCUUUCUCAGUUUAGUGGGAUAUGUGGUACUAAGUCAUUUCCUAACACCGGAAAAAGCGUUUGUUAUAACUGCCUAUUAUAAUAUCUUAAGAACUACCAUGACAGUAUUCUUUCCUCAGGGCAUAUCCCAAUUGGCCGAAUCUUUGGUAUCCAUUAAACGCAUACAAAAUUAUAUGCUAUAUGAGGAGACCGAUAUUGUAGACAAAUCAGCCGUAGAUUUUAAGCCCAAUUAUGAUCGCAGUAACCAAUCUACUGUGGUUAAAGGUGACGAUAAAGCUUUAGAUGAAAAUUUAGAAACUGAAAAUGCUGAAAAGGAACCUUUAAUAUCAAAUGGUCAUGCUACUUUGUCAGAAGCUGGUAUUAUCAUUAGUAAUGUUAAAGCUAAAUGGAAUCCAAAUUCUACAGAAUAUACAUUGGAUGAUGUAAAUCUGCGUGUUCAACCGGGAACUUUGGUCGCAAUUAUUGGUCCUGUAGGUGCUGGAAAGUCGAGCCUUAUCCAAAGUAUUCUGGGUGAAUUACGUCCCGAAUCGGGUACGAUUAAAACUAAUGGAACCGUUUCGUAUGCCUCACAAGAACCAUGGCUUUUUACCGGCACUGUGCGACAAAAUAUACUAUUCGGUCAACCUAUGGAUAAGAAACGUUAUCAUCAAGUUGUUAAAAAGUGUGCUUUAGAACGAGAUUUUGAACUUUUACCCUACAGUGAUAAAACUGUGGUGGGUGAACGUGGUGCCUCGUUGUCAGGAGGUCAAAAGGCACGCAUAAGUUUAGCCAGAGCGGUUUAUCGCAAGACAUCAAUAUAUUUACUAGAUGAUCCCUUAAGUGCUGUUGACACACAUGUUGGCCGACAUCUAUUCGAUCAGUGCAUGCGUGGUUUUCUACGCGAUCAUAUCGUUGUACUAGUGACACAUCAAUUGCAAUUCUUGCAAGCUGCCGACCAAAUUGUAAUUAUGGACAAGGGCCGUGUAAGUGCGGUUGGUUCGUAUGAGUCCCUUCGAGAAAGUGGUUUAGAUUUUGCUCAAAUGUUGGCCGAUCCAGAAAAGGAUGAUUCCAUGGAAGUAAAGUCACGCUCACGUUCGGGCAGUCGUAUGUUUGAUCGUCAAAAUAGUGAAGCAUCUAUUAAUUCGGCUGCCGAUUCAACGAUGGAAGAUGGUGCCAUGCAAGUACAGGAGACCCAAGAAGAAGGCAAAAUUGGUUUGGAUUUGUAUAAGAAAUAUUUCAAAGCUGGAGGUGGCUUCUUUAUGUUCAUUGUAAUGCUGGUAUUUUGUAUAUUAUCACAAGCUUUGGCUUCAGGUGGUGAUUAUUUCCUAUCAUAUUGGGUAAAUAAAAAAGGCUCUAUAGAAGCCGAGCGUAUUGAAAACGCUGCCAAACAUGUUAAUACAACAUCAUAUAAUAAGACCGAUGAAGUUUUUGAAUCCUUAUCAUCAUCACCUUCCCAUCAACUAGAAUCCAGACUUUCCAUGCUUUUGGAACAAUACAAUAUUCAUAUAGAUCCCGAAAUGCUAGACAUUUACAUAUUCACCAUUAUAACUGUGGCUACCAUCAUCAUAACUGUGACAAGAAGUUUCUUAUUCUUCAAUGUGGCCAUGAAGGCUUCACAAAAUCUACACAAUUCCAUGUUUAGAGGCAUUACACGAGCUUCCAUGUACUUUUUCAAUACAAAUCCCUCCGGUCGUAUACUUAAUCGUUUUUCAAAAGAUAUGGGUCAAAUAGAUGAGAUACUGCCAGCUGUUAUGAUGGAUGUUAUACAGAUCUUCCUCUCGUUAUUUGGCAUAGUUAUUGUUAUAGCCGUAGUUAAUCCAUUGUAUCUGGUGCCCACCUUUUUGCUAGCUAUUGUUUUCUACUAUUUGAGAACAUUUUAUUUGAAAACAUCGAGAAACGUAAAACGUUUGGAAGCGAUAACACGUUCUCCCAUAUACUCUCAUCUGGCCGCCUCUUUAGCUGGUCUCUCAACAAUAAGAGCUUUCGGAGCUCAGCAUGUUUUAAUUACCGAAUUCGAUAAUCAUCAGGAUUUACAUAGUUCGGCAUUUUUCCUGUUUAUAUGCACCUCACGUGCCUUUGGCUACUGGUUGGAUUGUUUCUGCGUCAUUUUCAUAGCCAUUAUAACCUUAAGUUUCUUCGUGUUUGCACCGGAAAAUGGAGGCGAUGUGGGUUUGGCCAUAACACAAGCCAUGGGUAUGACCGGAAUGGUUCAAUGGGGUAUGAGACAAUCAGCCGAAUUAGAAAAUACCAUGACUGCCGUAGAACGUGUAGUAGAGUAUGAUGACAUAGAACCGGAGGGUGAAUUAGAGUCCAAGGAGGGCAAAAAACCGCCAAGGUCUUGGCCUGAAGAGGGUAAAAUAAUAUUCGAUGAACUCAGUUUACGUUAUUUCCCCGAUCCCAAAUCGGAAUAUGUAUUGAAAUCCUUAAAUUUUGUUAUAAAAUCAUGUGAAAAAGUGGGAAUUGUGGGACGCACAGGUGCUGGUAAAUCGUCUUUAAUUAAUGCCCUAUUUCGUUUAUCCUACAAUGAUGGUAGUAUUAUAAUCGAUGCUCGUGAUACCAAGGAAAUGGGUCUACAUGAUUUACGUAGUAAAAUAUCCAUAAUUCCCCAGGAACCUGUAUUGUUUUCGGGAACCAUGCGUAAUAAUUUGGAUCCAUUUGAAGAGUAUUCUGAUGCCAAAUUAUGGGAAGCCCUAGAAGAGGUCCAGUUAAAGGAAGUCGUAUCCGAAUUACCUAAUGGCCUACAAAGCAAAAUCUCAGAAGGUGGUACUAAUUUCAGUGUUGGCCAAAGACAAUUGGUUUGCUUGGCUAGAGCCAUUUUACGUGAAAAUCGUAUAUUGGUUAUGGAUGAAGCAACAGCCAAUGUCGAUCCACAGACCGAUGUCUUGAUACAGACAACAAUACGCAACAAAUUUAAAAAUUGUACCGUACUCACAAUUGCCCACCGUCUGCAUACAGUUAUGGACUCGGAUAAGGUGUUAGUAAUGGAUGCCGGUCAAGUGGUUGAAUUUGGCUCCCCAUUCGAACUGUUAACCGAAAGUGAUAGGAAAAUAUUCCACAGUAUGGUUAAGCAGACAGGCAAAUCAACAUAUGAAAACUUAUUCAAAGUUGCACAAAAGGCCCACGAGGACUCUUUAAAACACAAAAUGGAGUAGUUUCGUUUGCUAUAAAAAUAACGUCUAAAUAGCUUUCAUUAAAAAAACAUAUGCGAUUACUUAAAUCAUGCCAAUAUAAAAAGAC